UAUCAAUGUUGUAGGGUGAAAGGGCUUUUGCAUUUUUUGCAGCAAAUCUGCUCUCUGGUCUGUCCCUUCGUGACUUUCCUUUGGCUCCCCAUUAAAAAAAAAAAGACCUACCUACCUACCAAUUAGCAUCAAACACAGUUUUAUAUUAUUACAUAGUCUUUGCUUUCAAACUCUAUAGCACUCUACACACACCUUGCUUCGCAAUUGGAGCUAGCUUCUCUCAUAAAACCUUCAUCUUCCUUCCCUUGGAAUACAAUAAUAAUUUCAUCUUUUCAAGUUCAACGAUAUGGAGCUUGCUUUGAGCUUGGGCGACGCACGGAAAUCGUUCUCUUUGCUUGAAAAUCUCACAAAAUCAUCCAACAAAGACGCUCUAGGAUUCUCCAUACCACAAGAAGAAACUGGAAAAUCUUCAGAAGAGAAAAGGGGUUCCUCAGAUCCACCCGUUCAGCUAGAUCUUCUUCCUUCAACACCGGUUCUUCGACCCCACCCACCUUCUUCACACAUUCGAAUUCCAUGGCUCACCGAUGCACUGGGUAUUGAACGGGUCACACCGGAAGUACCGGCAAGGGUGUUGAAUAAUGUGAACCGGUUACCGUUGCUGCCGGCGGUGGAGGUCGACACUGAUGACGGUGCUGCGAUUUCAUCUCCAAACAGUGCGGUUUCAUCUUUUCAGAUGGAUUUUCUUCUCAUAAACAGUAAUGCAGAUGCAGCCAUGAACAAAAGGGAUUAUCAUGAGUUUGAGAGUGCAGACAGAGGUAGCGACGACGAUGAAAACGGCUCAACUCGGAAGAAACUCAGACUCACUAAGCAACAAUCAGCUUACCUGGAAGAGAGCUUCAAAGAACACACCACUCUCAACCCCAAGCAGAAACUUGCUCUUGCCAAACAGUUAAAUCUACGUCCUCGCCAAGUUGAAGUUUGGUUUCAGAACAGAAGGGCAAGGACAAAGUUGAAGCAGACGGAGGUGGAUUGUGAGUACUUAAAGAGAUGUUGUGAGACUCUAACAGAAGAGAACAGGAGGUUGCAGAAGGAGCUACAAGAGCUGAGGGCUUUGAAAUCUUGUCAACCAUUCUACAUGCAGCUUCCAGCUACCACCCUCACCAUGUGUCCCUCUUGUGAAAGAGUCGCCACCAACACCACCACCGGAGCCGCCAACAACAACCAAACAACUUCCCCCACCGCCACAGCCAACAACAACAAUAACAAUAAUAACGGUUCUCAAAUCCCUGCCGCUUUGUCUCUUGGCAAGCCUAAAAUGUCACCAUUUCCAAAUGGUCAAGCCUCAUGAUAUGAUUGUCCAUUUUUUUCGUCUUUUACACGUGCAAUCAAUGACAAAUAUAUCAAAGAGAACAAAAGAAGAACACCUUUCACCCCUUAUUUUUUCCCCUUUUAGGUGUAUAGUUUUCUUUUUCUUAAAUUUUGACCAGAUCGAUUUGUCUUCUUUUAUUCGUUUUGUUUUGAUUGUUAUAGCCUCUCUGUAAUUCGUUGGAACAAUGAUCCUUUUUGUUGUUGAGAUCGCUGAGGAAGUACCAAUUAAAGAUUUUCUCCAUGACAAAACGUGAAAUGAAACGCUAGCUAUAGCUUGUUCUAUAUAUUUUUGAACGUGCUGGGUUAUCAUUUUGCAUA